AUGUCAUCCAUGCGCAAAGUAUUAGUGAUCGUCGGUACUACGGGUGCAGGCAAAACAAAACUAUCUAUUGAUCUAGCCAAGGCUUUAGAUGGUGAGAUUAUUAACUCUGAUGCAAUGCAGAUGUAUCAAGGUCUUGAUGUAGCCACAGCGAAGAUCACAGAGCAAGAAAAACAAGGAAUUCCACAUCACCUUUUUGAUGUGGUUGACCCAAGUUCUCGCUGUGAUGUAGUACAAUUCAAGUGUUUAGCAUUAAAGACCAUUGAUGAUAUUUUAGCAAGAGGUAAAUUACCGAUUAUUGUAGGUGGUACGAUGUAUUAUAUGCAGUCUAUUCUAUGGAAAUCUCAGCUACUGGACAAUGUGCCGCUCAAGGUGUCGAUCGAAGAAGAAGAAGAAGAAGAAGAGAAAAAGCAGAAGCAGAAGCAGGACGAGAAACACCAGACGCUCGAGUUUCUUUACGCUCGGUUACAAACUGUUGAUCCAGUGAUGGCUACUAGAUUGCAUAUGAAUAAUGUGCGUAAAGUACAACGGAGUUUACAAGUGUUUGAGCAAACAGGUAUCCCGCAUAGUGAGUUAUUGGCUCAACAAGAGCAGCGCAGUGUGGAAAGAUAUUAUGAUGCUUGUGCCUUUUGGGUGCAUGCGAGUAAACCGGUACUGAGUGAACGUCUUGGUACGCGCGUGAAUACCAUGCUGAGCUCUGGACUAAUCGAGGAGAUUCGUCGUCUGCGUGCUUACGUAAAAGUAAACCCACCACAACUGAACGCUGGUGGUGACAAUGAGGAAGAAACGCACAACUCUGUUGGCAUUUUGCAAUCCAUCGGAUACAAGGAGUUUCAGCCGUAUUUUGAUGCGCUAGAAGCUGCUGACGGCACAUUGGACGACCCGAAGGCGCUUGAGACUAUCUUGAACUCGUGUAUUGAACAGCUGAACGUUGCUACGCGCCAGUAUGCUCGCCGACAGCUUUCGUGGAUUCGAAACAAAUUUGUGACAAAGAAUAUUCCCGUCUACCAAAUGGAUAGCAGUGAUAUUGCGAACUGGAACGCGCACGUGGUUGAGCCAGCUGUUGCGAUUGCUCGAAAGUUCUUGAAGGGCGAAGAGAUCACAACAUAUCAGACUGUACAGCAGCAAAUACCUGAAUCAGCCGAGGCAGCUUCAGUGGAGGACAAGUUUGAGAAGAACUUGUGCUUGGUCUGUAAUGGACGUGAGUUCACGGGCAAGAAGCAGUGGGCGGAACAUUUGCGUUCAAAGGGACAUAAAUAUCAUCUGAAGCGGAUACAGAUUCAGAAAGAGCGAGAAGAAUGCGGUGAUACGUUGAUCCUAAAGAAAAAGUGUAACCAAGAUGAAAAGGACGAGCUCGAAUUGCAGCUACAAGCAAAUACAGAACCUUAG